AUGGCGGUCAACGACGCUCCACUUCUCCGGCCAACUGCAAUUCGUAUCAGUAGUGAUUCUGUGUUGGAGGAAGACACUUCAAAAGCCAAUUCAAGAGGCUUUGAAGUUUAUGCUUACCAACAAAAUGGUUCGAGAAACACAACGGACGAGGAUGGGAAUUAUCAAAGUCAAUAUGAAAAUGCAUUUGCACCAACAAACAAAUAUGAAUGCUCUACUGCAGCUUUGGAAAAGGAUCGAUAUAAAAUCCGUCAUGCAUUCAUGGUUGCUCCUGGAAAUUCUCUUAUAGUUGCUGAUUAUGGGCAAAUAUAUAGUUUACUUAUCGGUUUAAUUGAGAUAGUUGCUUGGAUACUUACACUUCUUACUGAUUGUAAGAGAAUGUUGGAAGCUUUUGAAGCUGGCGGAGAUUUUCAUUCCAGAACUGUAAUGAAUAUGUAUCCAUAUAUCUGUGAAGCGGUUGAUAACAAGGAAGUGCUUCUUGAAUGGUACCCUCAUCUUGGUGAUGACAAACCCCCUGUUCCUCUCCUCAAGAAAAAAGUGGAGAAGAGUCAUCUUUUUUCCGAUCCAAUUCUUCCACCAUUUCACCACCGAGCAACUGUUCUCAACCUUCCUUUUCCACUCCAAAACCCGUCGAACAAUACUCCUUCCGCUCACCAGCAGAAUCCACACGCUUACCUCCACAUACUUCUGCAGAAACCAUAA